GUGUACUGUUUACUUCCUGUUGACUAAACUAAUCACUUCAGGGAUUUUUUAUAGUGAUUUUCCCGUUUGUCGAUAGAUAAAUUCGAAAGGGUGGAAAGGGGGGAAAAGGCGACGAAUGCGUGCAGUCCACCGGCAAACAUCUGCUACUCACCCUAACUUUUACGCGCAGACUUUAUUCGAAAAACUACUCAUCUACUCACAGGACCUGCUUAUUGCAAAGCUUUGUAAAGCUCAUGCUAUAGUUUUCGAUCGCCUGAACUUCAGUUACCGGUUGGCAAUGGUAAAGUUGGUAUUCGGUUUUGCCUAGUGUAUCUGCCUUUGUAUAUCAACAAAAAUAAAUAAUAGUCUAAAUUCGGCCUUUUAUACUAAGCGAAUAUUUUCUAAAGCUGACUACCACAUGCAGAUUUAUUAUUAUUAAACAUUGCGCUUGGGAACAGAUCUGUGAAUUAAGCUUCAAUGUUGUAAAAGUUUCCUGUGAGUGAAUGGAACAACAGUUAAAAAGUUGUUUAUAAUGGAUAUGCCUAAGGAUGGCAAAUCGGUCCAUGAAGAAACCGACCAAACUGAAUUGGAUUUUCUUCGCAACCCUCCAGAGAAACGAAGCAGAUUUCAGGUAAAUAGAGUUCGCACCGACAGCUACAACAACUAUGAACGACAUGUUCCCAACAAAAUAAUUGAAGACAAUAGCAGCGACGAUGAUGUUUUUUCAACCACGGACAGGACUCGGUUAAGCCUGAGUUAUACCCAAAAGCACUCCAGACCGUUGACUAGAGAAGCUCUACCUAGACUGGACAACUACAGGAAUAUUAUGUCUCUGCAAGCUGCUAAUAGGCCAACUUUGGAUGAACUUCACACAUGCAAUUUACCAUCGGUAAGUGAAAUUACAAAAAAUAUUCUUUUAUUUAUUCGAAAUUUAAUUUAACGGUGUGUUAAAAUGUGCUGAAUUAAUUUGUCACAA